AAAUGUUCUGAGCAUUUGAGCAAUACCUUGACCAAGAGUAUACCGAAAACCCCUUUUAUGAAAUGAACCUACAGCCUGAGCAUAAAAAUACUCCUACAAAGGUAGAACCUAAACAUCGAAUCAAAGGAUUUUCACCUCAAGAAAUCGAAACUGAGCUCCAAAUGACAAAUAUCCGCACCUCAACACCUCCUAAAGCAGAAGAAAAUGUCUUAAAGACUCCUAAAACACCUGAAGAAUUACCAAAUACUCCUCUAAAAAAUCACAAUAAUCUCCAGCAGUCAAACCAAAUUAUUAAAAAUAAAGAUCUGAACAAUUUAGAAGACGAUUUCAGCUUCAAAGCUGAUUUCAUAGAGACCCAAGAAGACCUAGACAUGUCUUCUAUCAGGAAGCAUAGCCCUAUCACUCGUCUAGAGAAAACCCCUAGGGCAAUUAUUCAUGAAAUAUCUCAACAAGAUCCUGUCGAUCACCAGACGCCGAAGAAGAAGGCUAAAGCAAAGAAGAAAAAGAGGAAUAAUUUAAAAUAUUUAAAUAAUUUUCAAAACUGGCAAAAACAAAAAGAUCUCAAACUAGAUAUUGCCAGGAAGUACAACAGAAUGAAGGAAAUGGAGGAAAUCAAACCUUUCAGAUGUAAAAGCACGAAUAAGCUUCCUCUGGGAUAUGUUAACCCUAUUGAAAAACUAAAACUUGAUAGAGAUAAGAAACUCUCGAAUAAAAGGCUUGUGAAUAAACCACCAAUCGGCAAGCCAGAGAUUAAUAAAUAAGUCAAGAAGACUUGCUAAAAAGAUACAUCCAAAUGGAACUAAAAUAUGGGAGAGAAUGUAUUCAUAUAGUCAAAAAAAUCUUCAUUCGAAUUUAUCCUUCAAUCUGAGUAAGGAUAGCUCUGAAAACAACAUACUCCAAUUCACAAAGCCCAGCAGAAACAAUUCUCACAGUAGAAAUAGAAAAGAAAAGCUCCAAGGAGCGUGAAACAGGCUCUACAAUCAAGCCUUAAAGCAUCACAAAUACAUUGAUGAAAAGAUGAAAGAGAAAGGAACUCAAAAUGUCAGAUUUGUCAACAAGAGUUCAGAUCGAAUAGUUGGCAAAAUGGCUACUCGAAAGCCACUCUACUUUGUUCCAGAGGUGAAAGAAAACUCUAAUAAUAUUCCUGAUUUGCCAGUAAAAGAUCUCAAGAACUUACCUCUCCCAAGCAAUGAAUUCAUGGAUCGUAACUAUAACAUUCAUCUCAGAAAACUUAAGGAAAUGCAAGAAAUAGAAGAGAAUAAACUGACAGAACUUUACUCUGAGACUGGAUUCAUCCCGAUAAUAGACAAAAAGUCCAAACUCAUCACUGAAGACAGAGAAGCCAACUCACAAGAUAUUCACAAAUCUCUUUAUGAAGACUAUAAAUACAAAAGAGACAAACAAAAAGCUAUGGAGGCAGAUAAAUCUAAGAGAUUGAAUGAAGAAGAGUCUAUCCAAACGACAUUCCAUCCUUCAAUAACCCACUAUAACCAAGAGGAACACUAUAAAUAUGUUGAUCCUAAGAAAUAUCUUCAUUUGGAGAGGGACAAAAGCUACACUGAGAUAUACCACAGGGAGAAAAUGAUAGAGAGCAAAUCAAUGCAUACCCUUCAACCAAGUCUUUCUCACCAAAAGCUCCACAACCAAAUCAAAGGAUUAGGCAAUCAAGACCAAAUUGGUUCCAGGUGCAAUCUCAAGGGCUGCUUUAGUAAAGAAAACCUUGACAUUAAUGAACACCCUCCUUCAUCUCAGAUUGAUGACGGCUCUUCAGCUCAGUCUCUUAUCAUUAACGAAUCCAAAAGCAGCAACCAGACAUCCUUCCCAUCCACGACUCCCUUCCACCCCCAAACUCUCUUUCCCUCCCCUCUAAAAGACUCCUCACACUACCAAAUUCCAUCUCCUGAAUACAACAGUAGACAAGAAUACUCACAAUUUUUCGACAGUCUUCAGAAAAUGAGAGAUAAUAAAAAUGCUAAGCCUAGUAAUGAAGUAGAUGAAAAUAAAAAUGAUGGAGGGAAGUGUAUAAUUAACCCACCUCACCCCAACCAACCCAAAGCCAGCUCCAUACAGGCCACGGAAGCCCAAGCCCAAGACAAAGAGAACAACCAGUUAGAUCACGCCCCUGAAAUCAUCCAGUCAAUCGUACAAAUGGAAGACAACUUUGUAUCCUUCCUAGACCAUACUUAUGAAUAGAUCAUUGUCAAAGAGGGUUUAGGGCU